ACCGGGAUAGAUGCCCUUGUCCUUUGCGAUUGGGGUGAGUCUGGUUCAGAAAGAUACCCAGGAAUAGACGAAAGACGCCGUGGCCCUUUUUAUGAACCCUUAGCCGGUGACUGUCGCUCGGCUAAAAUAGCGGAUCGAAUCCCCAUCCUCGUACUCACAUUGCGCAAGCAUUUUCAUAUUGUCUCAAGUUCCUGGGCCAAAGAAAAGACUCCCUCUGCAAUUCGCUUCGCAAACAAUGGUCGAAUUCAAGUUUGAGAUCGUAUAUUAUGCCAGUCCUCUGAUCAAAAGCGUGACUGAAUUACUUCAGAAGAAUGGAGUGCCUUGUAUGCUCAUUGAGGGUUAUAUGUGGGCUCUAUAUCAUCAUUCCGAUGGAACUGGCAUCGGCUUGGUCAUCCCCGAUGAUCAGAUUUACAAAGCAAUCGUCUUACUGACGAAGAGGGGCUUCCAGUACACCGACAAGCCCAAGAAUACUCGCACAAGUUCCCCGAAAGACCUGUAUAAGGAUCCUAAUUUCGAAGCCUGCGAGCACCUGUAUAUCGAACGCGGCCCCGAUCCCACCGGCGAUGAUCUUGAUCCUGGCUUUCAUGAUCUCGCGCUUUUCAAACAGUCCGCCAACUUCUGGACCCUACCCAGGAUUCUCCUAAAAAGUCCGGCCAAAGAUGACCCUUACUUUAUGGUGGCCGAUGAUCCCCGCCUGCCACGUAAUGACAUGUGGGGUGAUUGGAAAAAUCCAGAUAUUGGAGCAGUCCCGCCCCCAGUCAUAGUCCCGUCCCCCCCUGGCUUUUUCGAGGCCUUGAUGUUCCUUACUGCCCGUGACUACCAUAUUGAUAGUCGCAGAAAGAAACUGCUGGAAACGGCCGAGGACUUUUUGGGGGCUUUAACCUAUGGCGCCGAUGGAGGCGCCGAUCUCCGCUCUUCAGAAAGGGUUCACGAGGACAUUCGUCCGUUGUGGGAAAGUCUGGGUUCGCCCAGUUGCAAGGCUGAAGAAAUAGAGAAAUAAUUUGUCAGACUCUCCCAAAAGCUGAAGCGAAGUGCCUGAACUCCGCCGAUGCAUCUGUUGAUCCUGGGACAGUCAUAACC